UAACGAAAUUCUCAUCUCUCCCUUAUGGACUGGCUUCCUUCUCCAGCCUGGUGGCGUUUGGCAAAAGCCUCUGCAGCAAAAAGCCUUGACUGGGAAAUCACUGGAUGUGGAACUGCACAGCAAAUGAAGGAGACUUUUAACUCAUAAGUAUCUCCCAGGCAGUAAUUCAGACUGGAAUAUCUCCAUGUGUUUUACCCCCGCCUUCAGCAGGUCAUUUUGAUUACUGCAGGGAACCAUUGUUUCACUUCAUCUUCGCUUCGCCACUGCUCUCCCACUCACUCAUUUGCAUUCCCUCUCCUCCACAUUUUUCAAUUUAUCCUGUCACACCUGUUAUUCACUUGUUUUUUCUUUUCUAUUUUCCCCCAUUUUGCUCUUUCUUUGUGUCAGUGCAAAGCCUCAUCUGAAUGCAGAAGCAGUCUCAAGCUCUCCACCUGCAUCUUUACUGCUUGAAGAAGAGCAAUCAUCUUUUUUCCCCCUUUCAAGACAUCUAUGAAAAACACAAGCGGAGUCCGAAUUUCCUAAAUGCCAUGAAACGCGUGGCUGAACCUUGUUUGUUUGGGUCUUGAUGUUGCAGCACAUGCAAACCUUCAUAUUUCAUUCACUUUCAUGCAGCUCUGCUCGUUAUCUCGCUCCGUCCUGCACACACCGAACACACAGACUUUCCAGUGCCUGCUCUCUCCCUCGUCUGCAGACGAGUAGAGACGGAGGAGGCAGGCUAGAGUGAGGAGGGGCGAGAGGCGAGCAAAUGAGGUGUGUGUAAAAAUUAUAGGGGGGACUGGAAGAGAUUGCAGCAGCCCAGCCCUGAAUCAGGAGAAAAAGAGGGUGUGGAGGGGGAAAGAGACAGAAAACGGGAGUUGUUAGGUGCAGGAUCUUGAAGAUUUGGGUUUAGUUGUGGCAGUGCUGCGUGCAGAUCUGCAUCCUCCAUCACCGCUGGGAAACAAGUGCCUUUUGUGCCUCCCCCCCUGCUGCAGAGGGGGGAGUGCGUUUACUGGCGUUCCCGGAGGGAGAAGCCAAGAAGUCUCCUCCAAUCAGCCCUUAGAGCUUCCUCUGAUCUUGAUGGACAUUUAUCACUGACCUGAGACAGGCACUGCUCACCACUCCAACCACCUGGAAUGUUCUCAGCGCUCUCAUUUCGUUCAUUGACUAUAAAAUCACACUUUGACGAGGAUUCGACAAUCAGCCUGACCAGAAAAAAAAGGGGAGGGAUAUCUGGACAUGCUGGAUUGUUUUUCAUGAUGGACUGACUUUUCCACGUGCAUUUUUUUUUUUUCCCCAGCGGAGGACUCUUUUUCUUAAAUGUACGAAGGCAAUAUUUACCCUGUCAUGUCGUGUUUGUCAUCCUGAAGGAGAUGAGAGGCAGAGCAUCAUCCUGACAGUCAUGUAGGGCUGACACAUGUAGACAGAUAUGAAGCAGGAGAAAAUGGAAAAGGGUGACAGUUGGAGCACACUUGCCUGCUGAGCGCGUCUGGCGCCUCGCUCUCCAGAGUUUGGGGUUGUUUUGGCCGAGUUGUCAUGCUUCUAAUUGGACAGAGAUAGCUUUCGUCUCAGUGUGUGGCUGGUGAGAGGAGUCGGAGUUUGGGGGAUUACAGGCUUUACGCAUAAAGGAAACAGGUCCUGUGGAGCCUUGACUGAGGAUUAGCUUGUGCGACCCUGUCGAUGGACCUUUCAGACAAGACGAUCCUCGCUCAAGGAUUAAAGAAAAAGAUGAAGGUUUAACCCAGAAGACGAGAUUCACAGGAAGAAGACAGGAGAGGAACUUGCAUUAAGAUUGAGAUCAGGUCCCUGCAAACUGUGAAAAGUGAGGUCUUUAGGGCAACUAUCAAUAUUGAGGAGCAUGUUUGCAGAAUUUCAAGGGGGAAAAACCCUUUCUUCAAUAUGCCAGCAAAUCGAACUGAUCCAUGAGCUGUUUUUUAUUGAUUUUCUCUCAACAUCUUGAAGUCUUGUCUGAUUACUGCUCAAGAGGUCACUAAUCUAAACAUAAUCCAUCACUAGUUCACCCUGAAGCAGUUUGAGUGCUGAGUGAGCCACAUCCGAGGACUAAUGGAAUAUUUCUGAGACUCACUGUAGGUGCAGUUAAUUUAAAUGCCUUGUAUUGUUUCGAAUAAAUAGUGGUGUGUGUUUGUAAGUAGAACAGCUUGUAGCUCAAAGGAUGGUGUGUCGCAGGUUACCUUAUCUUCAGUGCACAGGAAGGGCUUGCAGCUUCUGGCUAAUGGUGUCAUGGGCACAACCUGACACAAAGCUUUCAAUCCCACUCAUGCCUUCAAGGAGUUUCAGUGCAGUUGCAUUAAGAAAUACCUCUAACCAUACGCUGAUCCUUAAGUAGAUGACCAGAGCAAGACAGAGUGCUGACUCGGCUUUAAGCAAAGACACGUUAUCUCAGCAAACCUGGAGAGCAAAGCAGGAGGGUAGGACAAUGUGGGACUGAGGAGUAAGAGGCAGCCUCCUCAAGUUGUUAGAUGGUCUUAUUGUUUGAACGGGUAGCACUGUGAGAGUGGGGGAGUUCAGCCACAGCGGGCGUCUUCCGGGAGUAACUACUCGAUGCUGCAGCUCUACACCUCUAUGACCCAGAGUAGCUGGCUACAGCAGGAGUUCUGCACCAUCGCGUUUGUCUGGGAGAAGCACUGACACGUCUGAAACUGGUGCCUGAUUGAUUAAUGAAGCACAAACCUGCAGGACAAUUAGAGUGUGAAGAGAGAUCCGCCAAUAAGCACACAAACCUCAAUGGAAAUAAAAUGAUUUCCAACAUUUGAGCACAACAAAAGACAGCGAAUCAGUGACGCAGCCGAUUAAACUGUGCCCUUCCCUGCUGUGGAUGAGUUGUGUGUCACUCUGAAGAGGACUGGUGUUACACACCACAACCCCCUGCGAAUGAGGGUGGGGCUCUCCCACUGCCACAGACAAAGAAUACUGCCUUAAGAACCAAACUUCAGUUGGAGGACCAGCAGGGUCCGUCAUUCCCUGCCAGCCGUCGCCAUGGGGUGCAACAUGUGUGUGGUUCAAAAGCCUGAGGAGCAAUACAGGGUGAUGUUCCAGAGGGGUCAUGUAGGCAACAUGCUGUGCUCUCUUGACGCUGACGGUCGAUUAAAGGUGAAUGCGAAGGAGCUUUCUCGCCUGUCUGGAGAUCCCACCCUGGACAUACGAGACCCCCGGCUGUCCAGCAUCCUGAAGCGGGGCGCUCGGAGACGCGCGGCCCCGGCUGCGGCCGCCGGGGGCCCCGUGGCGGUGACCAUGGGCAUGGCCGACUGCGUGGACAGCUGCACCCAGACGGACAUCAGCUUCCAGCAUAUGUUGACUCUGGGCCGGAGCAGAGAGCAUCCCUGCGGCGCGCCGCCCCCACCCGACCCUCCGCCCUCCCCGCCGCUGCCCCCGCUGCCAGAGCCAUAUCUGUUCAACGAACUCUUCUCGGAGCCUGUGUACUACGACCCCACCGACUACUUCGACAUCAGUCAGCACGAAGUGGACAGAAACGACGAGCUGGAAUACGAGGAGGUGGAGCUGUACAAAUCCCGUCAGCAGGAUAAACUGGGUCUGACGGUGUGCUACAGAACCGAUGAUGAGGAGGACCUUGGGAUCUACGUGGGAGAGGUGAACCCACACAGCAUCGCUGCGAUGGAUGGACGGAUCCGUAAAGGAGACAGAAUACUACAGAUAAACGGAGUGGACAUCCAGAACAGAGAGGAGGCGGUAGCUAUUCUCACCAGAGAGGACAGCACUAAUGUCUCCCUGCUCCUUGCCAGGCCUGAGAUAGAGAAUGAAAACCAGCUGGAUCCAGACGAGCUGGAACUGGAACCUCUGGACAACGAUGUUCAUUUGAGCAGCAGUACCAGAUUGAGGAGCAGCCCCUCCGUCCAAGGUGCAGGACAAAUCAGCGCUGCGAUCGGAGGUGUCCUCUCCAGUCACAAUCACGCUCACUCGUUGAGCAGAGAUUCUCCUGAUUUGCUCCAGACUGUCCUGAGCAACAGCCAGGAGUUGGACAGUGGGGUUGGCCGGACAGACGAAAGCACACGCUAUGAGGAGUCGUCAGAACAUGACCUACUAGGGGACGACCACACCAGUGCCUCCAACACAAACACAACCAACACACCUGGAAGCAUGCGAAAGUUCUUGUCGGGCAGAGGGGACACCCCACCGUUACUGCACUCCCAAGACCUCCAGUUCAGUGCCGACUCUCUGCUAGGACUGGACUGCUUCAAUGGAGGAGGAGGCCUGGAGCUGGUGGAACGUUUAGAGAGGAGCUACAUGGCCGAUUCGAUGAGGAUGAUGAUGCCUGGGCUGACUGAAGAAGAGUGCGAGCGAUACAAAGAGCUGCUGGAGAUCAAGUGCUUCUACGAGAAGAACAGCAAUGUUCAGGGGGUGGAACAAGAGGAAGGGGAUGUCCCACUGGACGAGAAUAGGAACGAGAGUCUGACGCAGCAUGAGAUGGCCCUUAUAGAAGAGGAACUGCGCCAUCUGGAGUUUAAGUGUCGCAAUAUCUUGAGAGCACAGAAGAUGCAGCAGCUGAGGGAGCGUUGCAUGAAGGUUUGGCCUCAUGAGGAUAAAAAUGGAGCAAGCACAGGCACUGGGUUAGGAACUGGGCGCUUGGAGACAAACGGAUCUUUGGUGAGUGAGGAGUCUUGUCACCAGGCUCUAUCAGACAUUAACGAGCUUCCUGAGAGAGAGCGCUCUGAUAAAGACAGCACGAGUGCCUACAAUACUGGAGGAGAAAGUUGUAGGAGCACGCCUCUGGUAAGUGAACAGUACCCAUCUCUGUCCACUCAGAGUCUGGAGGGACGACAGUCUUCUCUCCCACCCUCCACCAGGCAAAAAGAGAGAUGGGACGGGAUCCAAGCAAACUUAAACCAACCAUACUCUCCUCAAACUCACAGGAGAGGAAGUGAGGCAAAGACAUCCAGCCCGGGGGUAAAGGUUAGGUCACUGUCCCGGGACGUAGCAAGUAGGAGGGGCUCGGAUGAGGGAAUGAGACGCAACCCUAGAACCAAUGGGACAGCUGAGAGAGCUGGUGGACGCAGUGCAGAAAACAGCCCAUAUCUGUCCCGCCGUCAGACGGACGUAAAGCCCCCGCAGCGCUACCUGAGCUGCAUGCAGCUGAGGACACCCUCGACCUCCGAGCAUCUGGGUGGACUCAGGAAUCCCCCCAAAGAGGGCACUAUAGAGUUAGGAGAUGAUGCGAGUCCAAUGAGUUUGGGCAGCACAUGUAAAGAUGUUCCCCAGAUUCCAGAUGGCAUACCCUCAGCAUUGUCCCCUUCACUGCUGCCCGCUUCCCCCAGAAUGGAGUGGAAGGUGAAGAUCCGCAGCGACGGCUCACGCUAUGUGGCCAAACGACCCGUGAGGGAUCGCCUUCUGAAGGCGCGAGCCAUGAAGAUCAGAGAGGAGCGCAGCGGAAUGACGACGGACGAUGACGCUGUGAGCGAAAUGAAGAUGGGUCGCUACUGGAGCAAAGAGGAGCGAAAGCAGCAGCUGCUGAAAGCCCGAGAGCAGCGGCGGCGCAGGGAGUUCAUGAUGCAGAGCCGUCUCGACUGCCUCAGGGAGCGUGACAGGGAGCAGGCCGGCAGUGCGGCAGGUCAACAGGGGGCGCCUCAGCAGCAGGAACCAGCAUCCAUACUGGAACUCUGCCACCGGAGGAGCAUGAAGAAACGCAGUAGGAGAAUCCUGGACAACUGGAUCACUAUACAAGAGCUGCUGGCGCAUGGGAGCAGAUCUGCAGACGGGAAGAAAGUCUACAACCCCCUGCUGUCUGUUACCACAGUCUGAGCCGUUGUACACACGUAGCCGAGUCUUUAUAAAGAGAAAUAUCUCCGCCAAAUAAUUUUUUUAAAUAUUGCAUAUUCAGGAUCGGUUUAAGAAAAGUGUUCAUCCACAUGAACUCACUGAAUUACUCCACUGAGCAUUGUAAUAAACAUGCCAAACCCAUAGGGGCAGUGUACUGCAAAGCUAAAACCAAUAUCAGCCAAUCACAAUCCUUCUCAAAGAACCACAGCUUCCUGUUGGGAAUUAAAUAUGGUGCCAGGAGGUUCAUUUAUGUGGACAGACAGAGAGAUGGAACUACUUUUAAAUACGGUGUUAGAAAAUAAAGUUUAUAAAAUACAAUACGAUGUCGUUUGUGAUUCGCGUCAAAGCAACUAACGGCAACGAAUGGCAUGACUGGAUAGAUGCUGUACGGCAGCUGAUCUUUGGUCUCUGUCAUUUUUCUACGACGGAGUAUUAUAGCCAUACUGAGAAAAAGUAAAAAAAAAGAAAAGAAAGAAAAUUACGAGAAAAGAAAUAACAUUAUGACAAUAAACUUGUACAAGAAUAAAGUCAUAAUGUUACAAGACAAGUCAAAGUCAUAAUAUUGUGUCUUUAUUCUCAUAAUAUGACUUUAUUGCUGUACUUAUUCUUGUGAUUUUAAAGUUGUGAUGUUUUUUUUUUUUCUUAGUGUGGCCCUAAUUCUCCGUCGUAUUUCUCCUCCAUUGAUGGCCAAACAAUGGUCACAUGUGACAUUAGCACAACAUUAUUUGUCACAGAUUGUAAUGCAUGUACCUCUAAAUCUCCGGUUUCCAAUUCUCAAAUCUCCACUUGGAUCUGAAUUUUUUUUUUAUUAAUAAUCGUUUUUGAUUAUAUCAAACAGAGUUUACGUGGGAAUGAAAGGCCAAAUCACAUAAAAAUCUAUUCAGUUUCCCAGACAUCCGGCUACGUGUGGACUAGGCUUGAUACUAGAUGGGCAAUGAAAAGAGAGUGUUAGAGAGAGAUAACAAUUUGGCACACUACAGGCCCAAGUAAUAAAAACAAAACUUCUUCUAAAAGCGCAAGAAAAUAUACAUAUACACUGUGAACAUAAAGAUCAAUUUUAAGUAUCCUGCAGCAAUUCCAGUCCUAUAGACAAAGGGG